AUGCUAGAAGUAAGUGACGUCAUGUUCAUGAUUCAAGAUGCGGAGGACGCGUCCUACGACAACACCUCACUGUUCCUUGAAGACGAAGACGUUAUGAUUGCGCACUACGUCAUGGUGGUCGUAUGUACAAUAUACGUGCCUAUAAUUUUGGUCUCUAACUUUAUUGUCUUCUGGGGAAUCUUUCUGUACCCAGGCUUCCAAAAUCCAAACAACUAUUUACUCUUAAGCCUGUCCAUAGCGGACUUUUUGACCGGAUGUUUUUGUUUACCCAUGUACAUACUCAGUUACCUCCCCUUCACGUAUAAGUUCGUCUUUACCAACAAGUACGUGUGCCUGACCUGGUUUGCAUCGAUUGAGAUCGGUCCGGGCGGCUCGCUCGCCAACCUGUUUUUCAUCACCAUCGACCGCUACAUCGCCGUGCUGUGGCCGCUGCGGUACCCGCAGAUCGUGACAAAGCCCAGAACCAUCAAAGCGGUUAUUUGUAUGUGGUGCUUCAUCUCCCUUCUGGCCUUCUCGCCGAUGCUGUUCGAUUGGAACAAGUACGACCCGACACUCCUGCCGUUGACGGCGCGCUGCAACUUUCACAAGACGCUGCCAGUGUGGUACGUCGUCAUUGCCACAUUCGGCACCGUCUUGACCACACUCCUGAUAUGCUCCGUACUUAACGCUCAAAUCAUCUACGUCUCCCGACGUCAGGUGAACUCCUUCAGAAAAAGAAUCUCCAGCUUCAGCCGAGAGCAGAUUCGCAAUUUUCAGAACCGAAUGAACUCUGUGAAGAUCACAUCGUACCUGAUGCUCCUGUUUAUAGUGCUGCUGCUGCCGUACAUGGUGCUCGCGCCAUUCAAGUACUACAGGAAGUUCUCACAGAAGAACAUCGAGAUCAUCAGAGUCACCACCCUGCUGCUGACCUUCACAAACUCCAUUGUCAACGCACCGAUCUACGCCAUGUUUCGGCGGGAAUACAAAGAGGUCUUCAAAGUCUUGCUG